UCUUCUCUCUUUUUUUUUUUCUUUCUUUUUCUUAAUUAGUACUACCACUGAGGUUUCUGCAUAUUUCCCAAAAAUCGUCAUGAUCACAACUAUACUACAGCAUAUAUAAUCAAGAUCUAAGAAGAGAUAUUGUCAUCGUUUGUACUAUAAGUUUUAUUUUUUCUAGGGUUUCUUCUAGCUUCUUUCUAAUUUCUUGUUCCGGCAAAUAAUAUUGAUCAAUAUGGCGAACCGUUGGUGGGCCGGUCAAGUGGGUCUUCCCGGAGUUGAAACCUCGUCGACGUCGUCUCCGAUGAAGAAACCAGAUCUGGGGAUCUCCAUGAGCAACACCACCGCGCAGACGGCCGGAAACAGCGGCGGAGGCGACGAAGAAGACGAGAGAGACAACAGCGACGAGCCGAGGGAGGGCGCCAUCGACGUCGCCUCGCGGCGGCCGAGGGGCCGCCCUCCCGGCUCGAAGAACAAGCCAAAGCCGCCAAUCUUCGUCACCAGGGACAGCCCCAACGCGCUGCGGAGCCACGUGAUGGAGAUCGCCAACGGUGCCGACAUCGCCGACAGCGUCGCUCAGUUCGCCAGGCGCCGCCAACGCGGCGUUUGUGUCCUCAGCGGUAGCGGCACCGUCGCCAACGUCACUCUCCGUCAGCCGUCCGCCCCUAGCGCUGUCGUCGCUCUCCACGGAAGGUUCGAGAUCCUGUCGUUGACCGGAGCCUUUCUCCCUGGUCCGUCCCCACCCGGGUCGACUGGUCUCACCAUAUACCUCGCCGGCGGGCAGGGGCAGGUCGUAGGCGGGAGCGUGGUGGGCCCGUUGGUGGCGGCGGGCCCGGUGAUGGUGAUCGCGGCCACGUUUUCGAACGCCACUUACGAGAGGCUGCCGCUAGAGGAGGAGGAGGAAGGCGGUGUAGGUGGAUCGUCUCCGGGGAUUGGAGGAAGUGGAGGGCAUCAAAGUGGUGGUGGCGGUGGUGGGGGGAUGCAAGAGCCGGUGUCGUCGGGUAUGCCGGUUUAUAAUUUGGCGCCGAAUUUGCUUUCGAACGGAGCUGCUGGACAGUUGAGCCAUGAUCAGGCCUUUCCGUGGCCUCAUGGUGGUGGUCGACCACCGUACUAGCUAGUUGAUUCAUCAUAUCAUAUAUAUAAUGCAGUGAAUGGACAGUUUAGAACGACGAAAUGUUUGAAAGAUGUUAGGGCAAAGGGAAGACCAGUAAGUUGAUCAAUUUCCUAGUUUCCUUUUUUUUUUUCCACUGCUUGUACUUCAGAAAUUUAAUGAUGAUGAUGAUGAUGAUGAUAAUUAGUAUGGACUAGUAGUGUAAUAUGAAUCUCUGUAUAUUUUGGAAUAAGUAUUGAUCAGCUCAUUUUGCCAA